ACUGGUACCUGCGUGUCCGCGCUCUGUGAAGAAGACUGGAUAAUUAUACCAAGCACGGGCGUCUCACACCUUUCUGCUUUACAAAACACACCAGCUGUGAAAUACAAGGAAUACUGAUUUAAUACACAUUGCAGAAUUUUGCCUGUAACUAAAGGAUUCAGGAGUGCAGAAGACCAACUGAACAAAGUCAUGCUUUCUCAAUAUCAGCUGUCAUCGUCUGGAACAUAGAAAAAGUAAACGCUUGCUUCAAAAUCUCCUGACGACACUGCUGUGAAUGUAAAACACUGUGCGAGGGGAGUCUACCCUGGGAGUCAUGCAAUAAAAAACAGUGAUCUAUGGUUUAGACCUUCACUGUGAUUUUGUGCGCAAAAAACUUCACCAGAUGUUGCUGUCUCGGCUGUUCGCGAUGGCAGCCUUCGGGGAAGUGGGAGCUCUGUUACAGACAAUAGAUGCUUUUGGCCAUGUCGGCUCCCACUUUCACCUCACAUCACUUGGAGACGGCAUUGCCCCGCUGAACGAUCACUCAAUACCCGCCGAGAGACUAUCGCGUAGCACCUCUGCGGACCUAACCCACUUGAAAGGGAUCCAUCGCAAGCGGCAGUUGUAUUGCCGAACUGGAUUUAACCUUGAAAUACUCCCCGAUGGCACAGUACAGGGCACGAGGAAAGACCACAGUCGUUUUGGUAUCCUGGAGUUCAUAAGCCUCGCAGUGGGUCUAAUAAGCAUCAAGGGAGUCAACAGUGGACUGUACCUGGGCAUGAACAACAAAGGAGAACUCUAUGGCUCUGAGAGACUCACAAAGGAGUGCAUUUUCCGGGAGGCCUUUGAGGAGAACUGGUACAACACUUACGCCUCCAACGAGUACAGGCACAAUGGGGAGAAGGGGGCGGCCUACUUUGUGGCGCUCAACAAGGACGGCACCCCGCGCGACGGCACCAAGUCGCGCCGCCACCAGAAGUUCACCCACUUCCUGCCGCGCUCGGUGGACCCCCGGAAGGUUCCGGCGCACAACAAGGACAGCGCGGCAGCCGUGGUCGGACAAAGCUGAACCGAUGACUUUCCUUCCCCCCACUUCCAAACUGUGCGUGAGGAGGGCUUGGCUAAACCAGUGUCCCUGUUUUGGCUUCGAAAAAAGGUGCCAGUGCGCAACAAGAACAGUGCCGUGCAGCCGUGAUAGGUCAAAGCUGAGAGCUGGGAUGAUGAUGAGUUAACCCCCCCCCACGUUCAUUUCCGAGUGUAAGCUGUCAGUGAACUGACUGUCCCUGUUUUGGCCUCGGAAUAUGCCAGCGGGCAAGAAGGACAGGGCGGCAGCUGUAUUCGGGCAAAGCUGGGCCGAGAUGGUGACAUGAGUUUCCCCACUUCCAUUUCCGAGCGUAAGCUUGAUGGUACAGUUUAUUUUCUAUUUUUGCUGAAUCAGUGUCCCCGUUUUUUGACCACGUUUCCAUUUUUUUUUGGAGGGAGACUGAAAAGGGGACUGAAGUGGAAAGCUCUGGCACUGAAGUGGUCCAGGUAGCUGGAGCACAGAAAGAGCACAAGAAAGAAAGCAAGAAAGAAAGAAAGAAAGAAAGGCAGAGAGAGAGAAGAAAGAAAGAGAGGAAAAAAGAGAACGGUCCGAAAGGGAGGCCUCCCCCUGGAAUGUAGCCGUCUGCUCCGUCUCCGGGGGUUACCUGUUGGAGACUGACUUACCUGUCUACCUGCCUACCUGACUACACGCUCACAUUGCAAGGAGAGAGUCGUCGAGAGAGGCCAGUUCUUUGUUUUGAUAGAAAACUCUGCGCCACCACCACCACCACUACCCUGAGGAGAGAUGAGAGGAAGAGAACUGGCAAAAAAGUGUGUUUUGGGCAGCCUUUUGUCUCAGAUUAAAAAAUUGUAUGCCAUCGCUACUGCCACCUGCACCACAAUCCAGAGGAGAAGAAAGCCAGAGCCAUUGUGCAUUGGACAUUUAUUUGUUCCGAUAAACACUAUCCCUUCUGCCACUGCCACCUUCACCACUACAUCCCAGAGGAAAAAGAGAGAGAAAGAACAGGUCAGAGGAGUGUGUUUUGGGAGCUUUUUGUCUUGAAAGUAAACAGAUGAGAGGAGAGACAGAGCGCAGCAUAAAGGGGUGUGUGUUUUGGGGCAGUUUUUUGUCUCGAUAAAAAAGUGCCACAGCCACUUCCAUGUCUGCCCUGAGCCAGAGCUACAGCCAGCCAAAGUUGGGCGGACAGAGGGUGUUGGGCAAAAAACCCCAAAAGCUAUACCAUCUCCACUGCCAUGCGCCAGGGACUACACCAUCUGCACUGCCAUGGGCCAAACACUACACCAUCUCCUCCGCCCUGGGCAAGAACAACAGAAUCUACUCUGCCCUGGGCCAAAACUACACCAUUACCACUGCCAUCACCACCCUGAGGCGAACGCUGGGCGUUUUUUUUGUCUUGAUAGAGGAAGAUGACAUACCGCCUACUGCCGCCACUAUCACUGCCCUGAUAAAGAAAGAGGCCAGAGGCCAGACUAAGUCAGAAUGAAGACAUGAAACAAGCUGUUUUGUGCCUCGAUCAAAAACAUCCAUGCCACCACCACUGCCACCAUCACCAACAAAUGCCAAUUCCACUGCCACCACGCUGAGGAGAAGAGCCAGUAUCCAUGCCAAAGGACUGGACAUUUCUGCCUCUAAAAAAAGACUCCACCCCACAACCCACUGCCAUCACCUCCACCACCGUCUUUCUCCAUUAUCUUAAAGGAGAAGAGAAGAAGAGCAGGGAAAAGGGAUGUAUUGGCGCGAGGAGAGCCACUGCUACUGCCACUGUCACGAGCACCCUCAUUGCCCUUAUCAGAAAGAGACCCAGGGGUUAAGACCCGCACACCCAGACCCACCCACAGCUGAAGCCCUGGCAUAGAUUGCCAGGUCAAAGGCAGGCAGGCCUGAUGCUGCCCUGCCCUGCCCUGCCCUGCUCUGCAGAAAGAACACAUCCCAGCCACGGUCAAAAGACUUUAACUUAUAAGCCAACUGGACUUCUUGUUUGAAGCUUUUAAUGAACUCUUUUGACUUACGAUGAACUGGAUGAAUGAACGACAAUCUUCACAGACAUCCCAAAUGUAGGGCUUGGUGCUAGGGAGACGACGGUUGUCAAACCUUCACAAAGUGGCCAAAAAAAUCACAGCAAAACUAUGCAUGUCCAUACCAUAAGGGAUUAAGCAAGAAGUGACCCUGCUGCCGUUUAGUCAUAUUUAAUAGGAGUGCAAACUGUCUAUAUGUUCGUUUAUUGUCCCAUCAUUCACACCACUGCUGUAGACAGAGCACCAAUUAAGGUGCUUCACUGAUGAGACACUGUGUAGAGGGACUGUGAAGGUAACCUGCUUCUUGAAGUCUACAGGAGCUGAAUUGUCGAUUGUCACUGUAUGUACUUGUACUUAAUGUGUUGUAGUUUAUUUAUGUAUUUUUUUUUUCCAUAUAUGUAUUUAUUUGAAAUAUUUAUUUAUUGAAAAAAAGUAUAUAUUUUUACACAUAACUUCCACAGCUAGACCAAACGAAAUAGAACACUGUAUCGAAAAUGUUGUCUCCAGCAAUUCUGUUUUUCUAUUCUGUUCUGACCAAAGAAACCAUUUUGUCCGUGGUCUUAUAAUACUGUAUUGUUUAGAGUAAAUCACAUUGUGAUUUUCUUUUAUGUGACCUGAAUAAUAUGUCUUGCUGCUAUGAUUUCCACCAUUUGUCUCGCUGCCUGACGCGCCGCUCCAAAAACGGCAGCCUAACACAGUAGUCAUUCUGUCGGGCCAUUAAGCAAUAUUUUGAAAAGGAUUUGUCUUCUUCUCAUAUCGCAAAAAAACUGUAAUAACCACAUUCCAUGCACAGUGCUUCUACAAUAGGACUAUAGAACACAAUGCCACCACAUU